AGGUGCGCCGCUGUUUUUGUUCCUCCCUGUUUUCCACCAUGAAGGAAGCCAGCAUGUCGCUGCCGGUGAGUGUCGCGGCUCUUCUUCAGGCGGAGCUCCGGGAGGAGGACGCUGCUCACCGGGACGACGGCCUCUGCGUCGUCGGUAUUUUCGGUAAAAGCAGCACGCAGCCCGGACCCGUGAAGGAGGCUCUCAUCAACACCUUGGCGGACAAACACAUCUUCUCGCUGCUCGGUGGAGCGGAGGACGACGACUCGACGGACAGCCACAUUCAGGCCUUCUACAACCAGGAGAACCGGGUUCUGUACCUGCAGCUCUCCUCCGUGUCCGACAGCCUGCAGCUGCUGCGGGCCUGUCAGUCUCUGAACGCCGGGGUCAGCCACUCGGACGCCCACGACUUCUGGAAAGGCCUGGACCGCCAUCACUGCCUCCACCUGUUCUUCAUGUUCUCGGUGUGUCACGUCCUCCUGCUGGUCCACCCCAGCCAGACCUUCGACGUGACCUACGACCGUCUCUUCAGAGCCCUGGACGCCCUGCGGCAGAAGGUGCUGCCUCUGGUCCGGGCCGCCAUCAAGGACUGCCCGGUGUCCAAAGAGUGGAAGCUGAACUGCAGACCCUGUCCUCCACGGCUCCUCUUCGUCUUCCAGAUGAACGCCUCUCUUAAGGUCUUCACAAAUGGUUCUGAGGCUGGAGGAAACCCAGACAAACUCAAAAAACACUCGCCCAGAAGGCGGCUCCAGCACGCCCUGGAGGACCAGAUCUAUCGGAUCUUCCGUAAGAGCAGAGUUCUGACCAACCAGAGCAGUAACUGUUUGUUCACCGUGCCCGCCAACCAGGCGUUUGUGUACGUGAUACCAGCAGCAGACAAGGACCCGGUGAGCACUUUGCUCGACCAGCUGCGGUCCAACUGUAUUCUCUCUGAACAAGAUACCACAGUGCCGGUGUCGGGGCCAAGACGCUACCAGCAGACCCGACGGUCGGCCCGGCAGGCCACCUGCGGUGGAGAUUUGAUCGGCUCGUUGGGGGGCAGUCAGCUGGUUGAUUGCAGCUUGAAGGAGUUCCUUUGGCAGCACGUUGAUCUGGUGCUGACCAAAAAGGGCUUCGACGACAGCGUUGGCCGCAACCCGCAGCCGUCACACUUUGAGCUGCCGACCUACAUCAAGUGGGUCCAGGUCGCUUCCAAACUCUUUCAGGUUCUGAUUACAAACACAGACGAGGAACUAGCUGAGCUGGCAACGAAAGUGCAAAGCCAGGCGAAGAUUUUAGACGGUUUUCUUGAUGCUGACACAAAGUUUUCAGAGAACAGGUGCCAAAAAGCUCUGCCGCUGGCUCACAGCGCCUACCAGUCCAACCUCCCGCACAACUACACCACAACGGUGCACAAAAACCAGCUGGCCCAGGCCCUGCGGGUCUACAGCCAGCACGCACGCGGUGUGGCUUUCCAGCGCUACGCUGUGCAGCUUCAUGAGGACUGCUACAAGUUCUGGAGCAACGGCCACCAGCUGUGUGAGGAGAGGAGUCUGACGGAUCAACACUGCGUUCAUAAGUUCCACCUCCUGCCUCAGCCAGGAGAGAAGCUGGACUUGGAUCACAACCCACCCAUCAUGAACCACAACAGCAGGGGGCGCUCUACCAGCUCCUGUAACUGUGGCCGGAAACAGGCUCCUCGCGAGGAUCCGUUUGACAUCCAGGCUGCAAAUUACGAUUUCUACCAGAUGCUGGAGGAGAAAUGCUGCGGGAAGCUGGAGAGGAUCCAGUUUCCGGUGUUCCAGCCCAGCACUCCUGACCCGGCGCCAGCCUCCAACCAGACCCAGCGGCUCCCAACCGAGACGUCGGGCGAAGCCGAGAGGCUGAAGGAGCCGAGCACCGCCCAGAGCCACACGCCGGGAGACACCAGUCUCAGCCUGGCUCUCAGUCUGGGUCAGUCCACCGACAGCCUGGGGCCGUACGGGGACGGAGAGGGAUCUGAAAACCAAGUCCAGCCUAAGAGGCCGAGCCUCAUUGAUCGCCAGCCCUCCACUGUGGAGUACCUCCCAGGUAUGAUGCACUCCAGCUGCCCCAAAGGCCUCCUCCCCAAGUUCUCCAGCUGGUCUCUGCUCAAACUGGGCCCAGCAAAGUCCUACAACUGCCACACGGGCCUGGAGCAGUCGGGUUUUCUCCCUGGCUCCUCCUUCCUUCUACCGUGGGAUUUGGUGAUUCGCUCUAGAUCAGAGGAAGAUACAGGACUAACAGAGUCUUUGGAUGGGGGCCCAUCGUCAUGGCCGGCCCCCAACAAGAACCUUGUUGGAAAGCGAGGCAGCACCGGGGAUCUGGGCAGGAGUCGCAGGAGGGACGACAUGGCUCGGGUCUUUGUGGGGUUCGAGUAUGAAGACGGCAGGGGCCGACGCUUCAUUAGCAGCGGGCCCGAUAAAAUCGUAAAGGUGCUGGGGCCAGGGGGCGCCAAAGACCCCGCCACCAGGGUGCUGAACACCGACAUGCCGCUUUACGUCCCGUCUUCGUCGCAGGGUCGAGGCUUGAAGCCGCACUUCGCUCAGCUGGCACGUCUUUUUAUUGUCGUGCCCGACGCUCCGCUGGAGAUCACCCUCAACCCCCAGGUCCAGCCCGGUCCUCCUCCAUGCCCAGUCUUCCAUACGGAGCAGCCGGAGGUCGUGUUGCCGCCUGACGGCUUCUGGGUUCUACGGUUCCCUUACUCCUACGCUACAGAGCGCGGCCCCUGUUUCCCCCCCAAGGAGAACCAACCCCUGAACAACUUCAAGGUGCUGCGAGGCAUCCUGAGGGCCGCCACAGCCAACCCGCCACCGCCGUGAACGCCUGAAGAUGUCAGGUGCACCAAUAAUCAAAUCAGUC